UCAGGCGGGCGCGGCCAUGACGCGGCGGGAAGGCGGAAGGGGGGGGGGGCCAAGAUGGCGGCGCAGCGCCGGGCCGCGCUGAGGGCUGCGCUCUGCGCCCUGCUCUGCCUGGCGCUGGCGGCCGCCCGCGGCAAGCCCAGCCCCGUCAAGGUGCUGUCGGACGGCAUGUGGCGAGAGCUGCUGCAGGACGAGUGGAUGGUGGAGUUCUACGCGCCCUGGUGUCCCGCCUGCGAGAACCUGCAGCCCGAGUGGGAGAAGUUCGCCGAGUGGGGAGAGGACCUGGGGGUGAACGUGGCCAAGGUGGAUGUCACGGAGCAGCCGGGGUUAAGUGGACGAUUUAUCAUCACAGCCCUCCCUACCAUCUAUCACUGCAAAGAUGGAGAGUUCAGGAGGUACCAGGGAGCAAGGACCAAAGCUGCCUUCAUUAAUUUCAUCAGUGAUGAAGAAUGGAAAUCCAUUGAGCCAGUGUCCUCCUGGUUUGGUCCUUCCUCUUUCCUGAUGAGCAGCAUGUCAGCCUUGUUCAAGCUGUCCAUGUGGAUCAGGCAUGGCCAUGGCUAUUUAACAGAAAACCUUGGAAUACCAGUCUGGGGCUCCUAUGCUGCUUUUGGAUUUGCAACUCUGUUCCUGGGAAUGGUCCUGGGACUUAUGAUGGUGUUCCUGGCAGACUGCAUCUGUCCCUCCAAAAGGCACAGACCACCACAGCUCCAGCCUCAGCCAAGGAAACAAGGUCCAGAGUCAGCUCAUCUACUGAAGAACAGGUAUGAAGAAGCAGAUGAGGGAGAUAUCUCAGAUGAUGAAGCAGAGAGGAAGGAGGGGAGCAGGAGAGACUCAUCCCCGGGCGGUGUCCGGCAGCGCCCCGUGCCCAGUGCUGCUCCCCUGGAGAAAUCUUAGCUGCACUUCAACCAGCAUUAGGGGAGAUCCAUGGCAAAUCCUUCAGCUGGAAGAGAAGAAUGACUCCUGGCUUGGUAACAUUGCUGCAUUUCUUGAAUUCGGAGGAAAUAAUAAUUUAAUUUAAAAAAGUAAUAAAAAAAGGCAUCCAAAGGAUCCAAGGUAUUCCAAAGGAAAUCUUGCUGUUGCAGAUGGCUGGAACUUCUCCUGCCUGUGUGCAGAGAAGUGCCAAGGGAUGAUUGCUGUGGCUUCUGGAAUGAUUUGUUCCCUAGGGAUUGUUUGGAAGAGAGUGUAAACCAGAGUCAUUCUUGCAUUAGGGAGCAUUAGCAGGGAAAAUGCACUCACCUGGUGGUUGGUGAAACCUCCCAAAAGGGUUCCCUGUCCUUGUACUGUUCUUCAGUAUAAAUCUCUCCAGCUGUGCCCUGAAGAAAUGCUGAGGGAAAAAGUUCCUUUAGUGAUGGAACUACAAUUCCUUUAGUUUAGGCUUUUUACAUGACAAAACCUGCUUUUUGCUAUGACAAUGAGUGCUACAACCCCCCCAAACCUUUUUUUUUUUUUUCUUACAAAGAGCUGGAACUUAGCACAAGCACUCUGCAGUGGGGUCCUCUGGCUGACCAGAAACCUGCUGCUUGCAGCAAUUUCUUCCAGAAAAAGCUGUAGAAAACUCUCUGAGCUUCUUGGCAAAGUAUUUUUUUCUCUAGGAACAAGUGACAAGCAGCACCUUGAAGUCUUGUCUGUGUCUGUGACUCCAUGUGGGAAGAGUUUACACACAGGGUUCUCUGUGCAAAUCCUCUCCAUUCCUCCUCCUGGAUGCCAGCAGGACUCUGCUUGUUUUUAAUCCAUCAUUUCUUACUCAAAUCCUGGCCUGAAGUUAAAAUGACUCUUUUCUAUUUCUUUAUUUCUUUUACAGAACUUUUUUUUUUUUUUUUUGGGAACAUUAAACCCGAAUUUUUUCUUUUUUUUUUUUUUUUUUAAAGAUUAGUUUACCCUUGUCUGUAUGGUGUUUGUUUUCACUCUGUAUAGAAAUAAAAAGAAUGCACAUGCCCAUUGGACCAGUGUUGUAAAGAGUUUUCCAUGAUCUUUUAAUUAAAUUAAAUUUUAAUUAAAUUCCAAAGUUUUUUGCAGGGGAAGGAUGAGCCUAAUACUGAGCACAUUUAGAUUUUUUUUUUUACAAGCCUGUUUCUGAUACUUUGUUUGCUUGUUUAGCUUUAUGGGUUUUUAGCUUUUAUUUGUAGUUAUUUAGGUUUUUUAGUGAUUAGUUUUUAUUUGUAGUAAUUUAGUUUGGUUUUUUUUUUGUAAUUGUUCAUCUGACUUCUUCCCCUUUUUUCUUUUCUCUACAUUGGUGCUCUGGAAUGACUUGACUUCAGUGCUGUGUGUUAGAAAGAUAAACUGAUAUUUAAAAGGGUCUUUUUGGCUAAAAUCUGAGUGUCCCUGUCCUUUUUUUUUGAAGAUAAAACCUCUCCUGGUAUUGGGAUGAAGGCCUGAAUUACCCUUAAAAUGAUGAUUUUGUGGAAUUGCCUUAAAUCCUCUAUAAAUUUCCAUCUCUUAGCCUUUGGCACUCAUAAAUAAAGCAAUAAAUAAAUAAACACUGAGGAGCAGCAGUAACACUGUCCUUGACCAGUGGCAGUUUUUCAGUUUGGAGAGACUUGAGAAGACAGAAAUGUUGCAGCUGGUAGGAAAAAGUGCAGAAUUGUUUGAAAAGCUGAAUUCUGCUCCCUCCACUUGAGAUAUAUUGAAAUGUAACUUUUCUAAUUUUUCCAUUUCACAACCAAACUUGGUGCAAUAUAGAGAGGACACCCUGCUGAUUUGGGCUAAUAUUUAAUUUAAAAAACACCCAACCUUUCCUUUGUUGUGCUGGGCUUGUGGGCUGCUGCUUGGACAAGAACUUCCAGCAUUAAUUUACUUUUUUUUUCUCUGCCUGCUGCUCAUUCUCCCUGCCUUAGGCACAGAACCAAAUCCCAAACCUGCCUUGUGGGAAUCCAGCCCCUGUGUGUAACUCCUGCUUGGAUUAUCCACAAUCCUGUGUUUGCUGAUCUCUGCUAAUCUCACCCUUCACAUUUUGCAUAAUAUUAUGGUUUUGUCCUGUGUAUAUUUAAAUUCCUUGAUUUAUUUUUGUUUUAAAAAUCUCUAUUCCAAAGAUGUUUA